AUGGCAUCAAGAGCAACACCGUUACUCUCAUUCACUUUGCGGCAACUGCGCCCUCAACGGCUUCGCGCAAUCCCCUUGCAACAGUCGACCUUCCGCUCUGCAAAGCCCUUCUCCCCCAUCGUCAUCCGAGCAGCACACUCGAUUCCCCGCCCACCCAAGAAACCAGUAUACUUGAACCCCGAAGCCGAAGCGCAAGCAAACGAAUCCAGCGAGGCGCCCGCAAGCGAAGGAGAACGCCCAGAGGUCAAUCCUGCAUACUACCAGCUGUCGUUUACUUGUGUGCCAUGCGGUCAUCGCAGCCACCAUAAUGUCUCGAAGCAAGGGUAUCACACGGGCUCGGUCCUUAUCACUUGCCCUAGUUGUCGAAAUCGACAUGUCAUCAGCGACCAUUUAAAUAUCUUUGGAGAGAGGAAGGUGACAGUCGAGGACUUGAUGCGAGAACAGGGAAGACUGGUCAAGAGAGGCAGUCUAGGUGAGGAUGGGGAUAUUGAAUUUUGGCCCGAAGAGACAAGUGGUCAGACAGAAACAGCGAAGGAGUGA